AUGCAAGGCUCUUUUUUAGAGAAGGAAGCUCUAACUGACAUCUUUGGUCAAAUAAAAGAUGUAGAUGAGCAAAUUGUUGGUGUCAUUAUAGAAAAAUUAAGAAAGGAAAAAGUUUAAGACAUCAUUGGAUAUCUUUCAGUAAAUGUCAAUCAAAGCCAAUUAGAAUCAUGUAUCUUACAAAAAGGAGUUGUAAUCACCCAAUCUGAUAUAGAAUAGAAAUUGUCUUUUGUUAGAAAAGAUAUCAAAUUAAUCACAGAAGUCAUAAUAAAAUUAAAAGAACAUGACUUCAAUAAGAUAGACUAUUCCUCU